AUGAACACUUGCGUGAUAAAUUGGUUCAGCAAACGUCGACUCAUCAGUUAUCAGCAGAGCUGCCUCCACAAUUUGAUACAUGUGGGGUUGAUCCUCGGUCAUCGUUGCGGAAACAAAAGCUUCAGCUGCUUCGAACAAAGCCAGACGGCUUGAUGCUCAUCGAGCAAAUAAAAUGCGUUCUUUACUUUCCUGGAUCCAUCUGUGCAUCGAGACAGGUCUGCCGUCGUUUUUAAUGACAAUCAAGGAUGUCUGUAACAGAUAAUGAGCCUCCAAUUAGCAAAAUAUUUAUGGAAAACAUGGAACAUUUUUGAAAUCCUCAAGGAGUAAUCAAAAACAGAUGUGUCAUAAACUUCAUUUUAAGGAAAUUCCAUAAAUUUCAACUUUUUUCAAAUCAAAGAACUUCUUUAAUUGGUACAACAAAAAAAAUUUAGUUGAAUGAGAAAAAAAGAAAAAAACUUAUAAAAAAAUAAGUUCAAAUUGAACCCUAGGUGGGAAAUUAAGUUAUAAUAAAAAUAAAAAAAAUAAAAAAACCGUUCUAAACCAUAUUUCUGUUUCAAGUUCCCUCUUUUUGCGAAUAUUGUGAAAAAGAAUAUUUUUUUGAAUAAUAAUGCGAAAUUCUAACGAAUUAUUCCGAAAGAGAGUUACUUUCACUGACUUUCCAAAGUUUCAAUAUUAUCGAAUACUUUCUUUCUCGAAUUUUUUAUGACUUUAAUAACAGUUUUUGUGAGGCGUAAACGAGUGAACAUAAACAAAACAAGAAGAAAUUGAGAAAUUCUCGAGAAGGACGAAAAUAAAUUUAAAAAAUGAGUGAGGCGACAGGCCGACCCAGGCGUUCUCCGAAGCUCCGGGUCGACAAAGUCUGAAGAAUCGGUCCCUCGAGCUUUCACAUGAGACCACUUGAAGGCGUCAGGACCACGAGGAAUCUUUCCGAGACUUUUGGCUCCUCCAGUAUAUCCCACUCCUGUCUCUUUGGAAAACGAAUGAGCAUAUCUUGCGCAUUUUCGGUUUCCAAAAAAACCGCCUCUAUUUUUUUUAUGACGAAGGACAGCCUCUUGAGGCGACGUCGGCUACAGUAGGGGUCGUCGUCGACCACAAGAGGUAG